UUUAGGUCCCAGAUCUCAGAUCACUUGGUUGAGCAUUUUUCCUGAUCUCCUUUCUUCAGUGGAAUCAAUUUGCUUUAGCCAUGUACAGACGCUAUCCGUCACGUAAGAGGCAAUAUAUGGCGGUGGUCUCCUGCUGUUUUUGCGGGGUCAGAACGGCGCGAUCGCAGGCAAAUAUCGUUCAUUAGCCCGGUCUUUGUGAAGGCGCAACCUCCGCGUAACCAAUUGCGGAGGCUUUCUAUGAAACGGGUAGGUCAGGGGGUGAGAACGGUCCUCGAUAGACUCUUCAUCACAAUUAAUCUCAUCACCGCGAAAUGGCUCUUUUAAUUUGCUAUCAAACGAGUGUGUUCUCACUGAUUACGGUGGACGGCAUUAGACAGUGGGUCCGUUCCGUCUUGAUUCGGCAGUCUAAUUUUGGGCUGGAUCUGCCCACCGUGUGAGAAUGGUACGUUCCAUGCGGUAAAAAGGAGACGUCUGGAGCGUUGGCGUACAGCACUUAAGAGAGGGACUAUUACAUAUCAGAGGAGCGGCGCAUUCUCCUUACGGACUCUCAGUGCCGCUGAUGUUUGAAGCUGGCGUGUCAAAAUACAGCCAUAGCUGCAAGGUUGAUGAUUUUUGCCGUUGCCUUGUUUGUCUCCACAGCUAUCUAUCACCAGCCUCUGGAUACGGCGUCGACUGAAUAACGACCGGCAUAUGUGAAAGAGGACCAGCUUGAAAACUGCAGAGCGAAGAGAUUGGUGCCGGCAGCAAAGAGGAUAGCGCCGCAAGAGGCCCGGGCUGUGUGUGCAGCCGGAGCGGCGGACAGCUCGUUUGAUCGCUACUCCUACGCUUGCUCAAGGGGAAUUUCUCCGAUCAGCGGCACCCAGCUUGAGCCACUCUGCAGGGCUCCCUUUCACUUAGCCGGGUGGAUUUGAGACAUCACAAUAAUCACCGCUACCGGAUGUCUCUCACCGCCAGUUAAUCUCGGCUACAGGGAACUGAAGUUACCAGACGGAAGACAAAGGGUCGCCGCGCGGAGUUCCUUCCUCAUUUGCAAUAGACGACCGAUCGAUAGGCAGAGGAGGGUGCUUAAGCAGAUGCUAAGAUUUUGUGACGGAUCAAACGGCGAUUUUCAGAAAGCUGUUUCCACUUUCGUCGACGUGCAGAUGACAGUGUCCCGCACUGCGGCGACGGGAGCAGUUCGUCCGGCCGCUCGAGUCUGAUGUUCAGGGAUCUACUUUCCAUUGGCGCGCUACAAGUGGUACUGCUCGUCGCGAUUCACCACCACGGGUAUGUUUUCGUAGCGGAUGCCAUUUUGUCUGGUCCCGAGUACGGCCGUUGUACAGACCUAUAAUGGGCGCUGAGCACUACGUGGCGCCCAGCAGCAGCAAGGGAGCCCACGUCACGGAACAAACAGGAUUUUCCUUCCACAGGAUAGGACCGUCUUCAUGGAAAUUGGAUCUGUGAGUGAUACAACAAGAGUGCCUGGUAGACACAAGCUAGACGGGCCCUUUCAACUCCUCUGCGCUACAGGUACUGUUCGUGAUUACAGCUUCACUAUCUAUAUUACAAAGAGGAAGAGACCCGCUGUGAUCCCCAGUCUGCCUGCAUCUCUGAUGAAGCCCAUCAUUCAGACUCUGCAGCAAAAGCCGGCAAGCCUGCUUGCUCUCUUCUUGGUUGGGAUGCUACUGUGUGACGCCUUUCCACAGCGCGGCAAUGGACCUCCCGUCAACGCAACAGUUGGGCUUCCAGCACCAAGGACGGGGACGAGCGUGCUGGCGAAGCUGGAGGAGCCGUCCCGAACCAAAAAUGGCACGGCCACGCGCUCCAGACGGAACAGUUCCAGAGAGACCCUUGAUAUUCGCGGACCACUUCGAGUCGUCACGGUACACGAACCACCAUUCAUCAUCCGGGAGUACGAGGCUGAUGGGCAGCCCAGGUACAAGGGCUUCUGCAUCGACAUGCUGCACAAGCUGGCUGAUAUGCUCGGCAUCUGCUACACCAUGUACGAGGUGCCUGACGGGAAGUACGGGGCCGAGCACGAGAACAACACGUGGAACGGGAUCAUCGGGGAGGUCAUGGCAGGCAAUGCGGAGAUGGGGCUCGGGCCCAUCACCAUCAGCUCUGCCCGGGAGACCGUGGUGGACUUCACCAAGCCGUUCAUGGAGUACGGCACGGGGCUGCUGAUGCGCAAGCCCGAGCACGAGGAGGGGAACGUGUUCGCCUUCCUCAUGCCGUUCGAACUGGUGGUGUGGAUGUGCAUCCUGGUGGCCAUGUUGAUGAUGGGAUUUCUCCUCUUCGCCACGAGCAGGCUGCGUUACAGGCUCGGCAUUUCAGCAGAAAACAUUAACGACAACGACUUGCAAUUCAACAUAAGAAACAGUAUGUGGUUCGCCUACUGGUCCCUCGUUAAAAGAGGCGGUGAGCCAUUGCCGAGAUCAAUGCCAGCAAGGAUUCUUGCGGGAUUCUGGUGGCUGUUCGCGCUGGUAAUAGUCUCGACAUACACUGCUAAUCUCACGGCAUUCCUCACCAUCAAAAGGCUAGUGUCACCCAUCAAGUCCAUCGAGGACUUGGCGGCGCAGGACGCCAUCCCUUAUGGUGUGGAAAGGGACGUCUUUCUCUACAACUUCUUCCGAGACCAGCAAGAGCUCAAAGCCGGUACGGUGUACGAGCGUAUUUGGAAUAAGAUGAACGCCCACGAGGAGAACGUCUUCGUCGAGUCCCUUCAUGAUGGAAUCGAAAAAGCGAGAACCAGUAACUACGUAUUCAUGGACGAUGACGUGAUACUUGAAUACAUCACAAGGACAGAGAAAGACUGCAAGUUAAUUCUCAUUAGAAAUCCUUUCUUGUUGCGUGGAUAUGGCAUUGCCACGCAACGGAAUAGCAAGCUCACGGACCCAUUAUCCAUAAGCAUCCUAAAACUGGCCGAAGACGGGUCUUUAGGGCAGCUGAAAGACAGGUGGUGGCCCAAAGACGGGUGUUCCUUGGACGGCAGUCAGAACACGUCCAAAGCCAUGGGCCUGGACCUGAACAGCUUCAAGGGCGUCUUCUUCAUCCUCCUGGCGGGGGUUCUCCUGGCCUGCAUCUGCGCCCUCAUAGAGAUCGUCUGGCACAGAUGGCUGAAGAGGCAGUGCUGGUUUGAGGCCAAACCGGAGGAAAACAGCGCACCGCAGCAGAUGCAGGUAACCACUGUGGUGCGCCACGAAGCCCCGGCGAAGGAGGAGAAACUGUUGAAGGCCAUGAUGCAAUUUCUGCGCGGAAUCGAGGAAGGGAAACUGCCACACCGACUGGAUAUUAUGGGUGACAUCCAUGCACGUAUCGAGAAGGAAGCUGCAUGGACAACACAAGUUUCCACAUGA